GGGCCGAAAGCCAUAUCAAAAUCAAUUCAGGAAGGGGUUCGAAAACAUACAUUAAUUAAUUUGAGUAAACAAUUAUUUUAAUUUGGUAUGCAAAAUGGAGCAUGCAGGUCCGUCGCCGGCAGAAGAAAACGAAGACGUACACGGCGGUGACGAGGAAGUGAUGAGCGAAGUCCACUUGGGCUGCCCACCUGGAUUCUCUGGCUCUCACAUUUCCCGUUUCACUGUUUCCCUUCCACUAGAUGUUGCUCACAGCAAACACAUUCACGAUUCGGAAGAUGAAACUCAGAUUAUAGAAUUCGAUCAAGAUGGUGACCUUCUUCUACCUCGCCGCACCACAAAUGCAUCGUGUGAUAAUAGCUACUGUGUGAGAAUCCAGCAUAAUAUCACUUCUUCAAUUCCUAAUGUUGGCCUUCAGGUUUGGAGAGCUGAACUGGUGUUAUCUGAUUUUAUAUUGCAUAAAGCAUUGUCUUCAUCUGAAUUUCAUGGAGUAGUUGCAUUAGAACUUGGCGCGGGAACUGGCCUGGCUGGUUUGUUACUUGCACGUACUGCAAAGAUAGUCUUCGUAACAGACCAUGGGAAUGAAAUACUUGACAACUGUGUGAAGAAUGUUCAGCUUAAUCUUGCAUUAUUGAAUGAUUCGGCCACAAUUUAUGUACGUGACCUUGAUUGGUUUGAUUCCUGGCCUCCCAAAGCAAGAAUAGGAGAAGCUCCUUGCACGCAAAGGUAUUCUUUUACUUCAAGAGAAAUUGAACUUGUAGAAAAUGCUUCUUUGUUGCUGGCUGCUGAUGUUAUUUAUAGUGAUGACCUGACUGAUGCAUUCUUCAAUACCUUAGAGAGAUUAAUGUCAACAGGUUCAACUAAGGUGUUAUACAUGGCACUGGAGAAGCGCUACAACUUCAGUCUUUCUGACCUUGAUGUCAUUGCAAAUGGAUAUUCACAUUUUUGCAGCUAUCUUAGGGACGAGGAUGCAAUUGAAAGCUUUGUGUCUGCAAGCACACCUAAUUUUGCGGGCAAGCGGAUGGACAUCUCUCAAAUUCCACAAUAUGUUAGAGAAUAUGAAAGAACACAUGAUGUUGAGAUUUGGCAGAUCAAAUACUGUGGACCAAAACAUGAAACCUCAGUUACCCCGGAAUAAAAGUUUGAAGUUUAAUUUAAUUUAAUUUAAUUUUUGCAAAAGAGGGUGAAGUUGAAUUCUGUUAACAAUGUUAUUUAUUUUACUCAAUGUUAUUAUUAUAUGAUUAGUUAAAGUAUACUUAGCCUCCCACUAUCAAGAUUUAA